CGCUAGCCAGCCUGCGGCGCCGGCGCGUUGCAGGCGCUGCGUGGCUCUGGCAGCAGACCAACGCGGCAGUAAGAGUCUUCAGAAGCACCCCUUGUCGCACUACUCGCGUACGCUCAACCAAACCGCACGCUACCGUACCUCUGGAGCAAUUAGCUCUGGCCUGCAGUUGCAGUCACCGGGCCAGCGCGAGCGCUACCCCGUAGACCGGCUGGCCAUGGGCUGCCGCGCGCUACUCCUAGCGCUGCUGGUCGCACCGCUCGACUCGUUCUACCACCCGGUCUGCACGCGGGUCCCGCUCGCGCUCCGCGCGCAACAGCAGCGCCAGCAGCGCCCGAAGCGUUUACACAAGCGACGAGAGCCCGAACGCGAACCGGAGCGCCGGUCCUGGAACCCCCAGGCCAUUAAGCUCAACCGCCAGAUCGCGAACCGCGACGGGUCCCACGAGGACAUCUUUCGGCUCUUCAAUACGAGAAAAAAGGACUUCUGCGAGGUGAACUACGCGACGGCCUUAAAUUGGCUCGCGAAGAAGCAGCCGCGGGGCGGCUACGCCGUGGACUCGCAGGACGCGCGGAACCUGGCGGAGCUCAUCCUCGCGGCGUCGAACCAGCUCGACGCGAACCCCGACGGCUGGGACGCGCGGGCGCUCGCGAACGCGGCCUGGGGCGCCGCGAAGUUGUUGCAGCCCCGGAAGUACGCGAAUCCUCGCGAAAGAAGGGCGGUCCAGGGCUCUGAUAUCGAGGAAGCUCUUAAAGCUGCCUGUGCUUCCUUGCUUAGGAAGAUCGGCGACCUCGCGGAGACGCGGCCGGACGACUUCAAGGCCCAGGAGCUCGCCAAUGUUGCGUGGUCCUUCGCGACGGCCGACCUGGACGCCCCUAGACUGUACGCGUCGCUCGCGACGUCGGCGACGCCGCGUCUGGCCCAGUUCUCCGCCCAGGAAUUGGCGAACGUGCGACCUGCGCGGAAAUCAGAUCUUCCCACGGAAUCGAGCGAGCUGGCGUCGCGUCGAUGGCGUGGAGGUCACAGCGUCACCCGUCGGCGUCCACGCAGGUCGCCUGGGCCUUCGCGAAGAGACUCGGAACGGGCGCCGCCGGCGUACCCAACACCAACGCGCCGGACGACGUCGCCUGCGCGGAAGCCUCGCGCACGAUGUUCGAGGCCUGGAGCGAGGAGUGCAUCCUGCGCUUCCCCGACGGCGACUUUAAAGCUCAAGAGCUGGCGAACGCCGUCUGGGCCGUCGCGACCGCCGGCUUCGAGGCCUCGGACGAAUUCUGGGAUACGGCUGCAAGAGCCGCCGUGCCGCUCAUGCGCGACCCCGAGCAGGCGCAGACGCAGAACAUCGCGAACUGUCUGUGGUCCUACGCUAAAAGUGGAGACGGCACGCCCGCCGUCCGGAAGGAAUUAUUUUCGGAGCUCGCGGACGCCGCGUCAAAGCGCGUCGACGAGUUCAACGCCCAGGAGCUGGGCAACACGGUACGUUAUUUAGUUGGAAGGAACGCUUACAUGUCAACCGCGCAGGCCUGGGCGUACGCGACGGCGUCCAUCGCGGCUCCAGAAUUGUUCGACGCCAUCGCGGCGAGCGCCGAGGGCCGCGUCGAGCGCUUCAUCGCCCAGAACCUGGGCGCCUAGCUGUGUGGAAAUCAAACAGUGAGUUAGUUACCUCGCCAUCGAGCAGAUGCAGUUACGGGGACGACGUCGCGUCGAUGGCGGGGCAUCCAAAAUUUGAUUUCCACACAGCCAAUACGGCUUGGGCCUUCGCGACGGCGUCGCACCGGGCGCCUCGUUUAUUGGAUGCCGUCGCGCGCGAAGCGGCGCGGCGCGCGGACGAAUUUAAACCUCAAGAACUGGUACGUGUCCCGUUAAUGCAAAGCACUCUCACUACAUACACAUAGGCGAACACGGCCUGGGCCUUCGCCACCUGUAGCAGAGAUGACUUUGUUGACGCCAAAAUACAAAGGCAGCUCUUCGACAACAUCGCGCGCGCGGCCUAUAAACGAUUGGACCGCUUCUCCGAUCAAGGGUUAUCGAAUAUUGCUUGGGCGUUCGCCGCCGCCGGCGAGGCCCAACGGCACGAGAAACUCUUCGGCGCCGUCGCGAGCGAAGCGGCGCCGCGCGUGGCCGAGUUCCAGCCCCAGGGCUUCUCGAAUUUAGCCUGGGCAUUCUCGACCGCCGAGCUCUCGUCCUCGGAGCUCUUCGACGCGAUGGCGUCCGAGAUCGCCAAGCAGAACCGCGCCGCGCGCUUCAACCCCCAGGAGAUCGCGAACACGGCCUGGGCCUUCGCGAAGAACGCGGAGGGCUCGAAGCAGUUGUUCGACUCGCUGGCCACGAUGACGCUCGUGCUCGGCGCCAAGAGCGGCGGCGACCUGACGAGGGCGGGCUUCACGCCGCAGGAGCUUUCAAACCUAGCGUGGGCCUACGCCUGCGCCGACCACGUCGAUGGCGCUUUACUAAGAAAGCUCUGGAACGCGGUCGUCGAGGUCGCGGCCGACGACGCCACCCAGUGCUUCACGAUCGAGGAGCUGCGGCAGCUCCAGCAAGUUGUCUUGCAUGCGAGAAACUCGGGGCGCGGCACGAACAUGGACGGGCUCGUUACGGACAUCGCGCGCGCGCCGGCCGGCUUUACCGGGUUAUUGCGGCGUUCUUUAGCGGAGGCCGACGCGUCUCCAUCUAGAGCCCAGGACGAGGUCGCGCAGUCGUUGGAAGCGCUCGGGUUGGAGGUCGUCCACGAGUUCGUGAUUCCCGACGGUCUGAGCGUCGACGUCGCGCUGAAGCCUUUGAGGUGGCGCGUCGCCGUGGAAUUCGACGGCCCUCGGCACUACUUCCGGAAUGAGAAGAGGUUACCGACGGGGCGGACGAAUUUCAAGGUCCGCUUGUUGCGCGCUCUGGGGUGGCGGGUCUUACAUGUCCCGUAUUUUGACUGGGCUCGACUCCCGGACGAGAAGGCGCGGCAAAACUACCUCAAAACCGGUUUGGCGGCCAUCGUCAAGAGCGCGCGGAAGGCGUCCAAGGUCGAGGUCGUGAGUGAAGACGACCGCGACGAGUUCUCCGCUCUCAAAGUGGCGGAGCUGCGGCGGCUGUGCGAGGCGCGCGGCCUGGAGUCGCGGGUCAAGCGGGGCCUGGACGCGCGCGCGACGCUGAUCGAGCGGCUGCGGGCGCAGAAGUCUUCUUCACCGGAGGAGGGGGGCGGGUAAGUGGUGUUUAUUUUAUCCGAUGCGUCCUGAAAAACCCGUUUUGGUCCGCUUUUUUUUUAUCGGGGGGGCGCGUGUGUGUAUAUAUAGUGUAAUCGUAACCUGUGUGGCCUUGCGCGAGUUCCAGGCAUUCCCACGCAUCGGCCCAAACCCCUCGGCGAAGAGCCAGGGUCAGAUAUGGCCAAGGCAGGCGAGCUGAUUCAGCUGAAUGCCCCCAAGUCUUUGACAGCCCUAGGCGACGACCCGCUACGCGCGGCGCUGUCCUUCCUGUCUGUUUCAGAAUGCCGUCGAUCGGUCGGAGCGACCGCCAAGCACGUCCGCGCCCUCGCAACGUCGACGGCGCUCGCGCGGACGCGUUUCUCGGAUCGCUACGUGUUGCGCGGCGAUAGGCACGGCGUCGUACAUUUCCUGGCGACGGCCUGCGGGACGCGCGUGCGGCCCACCAGACAAGUUCGUUUUGAUUCAACUGGUCCCCAUACCCGUACCGCCUGGAAGGUCGCAGCGGCGCCGCCAGCGGCGCUCCAAAUAAAUUCGCUUCGGAUGCGCGCUGGCGGCGCCUCGCGACCUCAAAGAGACAGUCUGUUAUGUUUCGAGUCUGCUGUCGUCGAUUCAGUUUCCGAUGUGGAUUUGUCGUUUUUCACAGAGUGCUCUAUCGUUGCUGGCUCUUACGUGGAGUAUCAACUGCCUUUUGCGUUGCGAGUCAGAAGCUUUCGCCUAGCAUUCGGGAGCUGCUAUUUUCACAAAUUUCAGGAUUGGACGUUUGAGGCGUUCGAUGCCGAGCGGGAAGAGUGGCGCGAGCUCUAUUACUGCGACGAGAGCCCGUGGGCUCGCAGUACAGCAGCUUUUUUACUACGACGUGCCGUUAAUAUCCCCGUCGACGCCUCCUUCGGCUCCUCUCGAUUUCGGAUACGGCUGGCGGCCAGCGAGCGAUACAGCGCGAGGUGCUUCCAUCUCCGCGGCUU